AUGUCAGUUGAUUGUCUGAUCGAUACAGGGGCCACGUUGACAAUCAUUUCUGAGAAGUUGUGGAGUGUCAUUGAUCAACAGUGUCCAGUUCAACCAUUUGACUCCCGGAUUGUAUCCGCCAGUGGAAACUACUUGAAUAUCAAAGGAAAAACGGAGAUUUCCAUUUUAUUUGGUGAUAAAUAUUGCAAAGUUGAUGUUAUCAUUGCAGAAAUCGACAUAGAUGUAGUACUUGGCCUAGAUUUCAUGCAGAAUCACGAUGUAAGCAUAGACGUUGUCAGCAAUACCAUGAAACUUCAUGAUCAAACAUUUAAUAUCUUCUGUUCUGGCAAGAUAGGAUGUUUUAGGAUAGUCUUAUCAGAACAAGUUGUGAUACCUGCUGAAACUGAGAUGAUAACCAAAGGGAUGGUGACUGAAUCAGGUAUUAAAAGGAUAGGAUGGGGUCUUAUUGAAGCAAGUGAUACAUUCAGGGAGCUAGGACAGGGGAUGGUCGCAAGAACUCUAGUUCGAGCAGAUAAAAUGGUUCCUGUAAGAAUUGCUAAUUUUUCGAAGCAGCCACAAACUUUCUAUCCUGGGACUAAUGUCGCAACUAUAUGCAAAAUUGAUAGGGUAGAAGGAGAAGGGACACACAAUAAUAAAAACAACAUUCUUCCUGAGCACCUUCAAAAUCUAUAUGAACGUUCAACUUCUGGGAUGGCCACCGAAAAUAAACAAAAGGUCAAGGAACUUUUAACAAGAUAUUCACAUAUCUUUUCGAAAUCUGACAGUGAUUUAGGUAGGACUGGAAUUAUAAAGCAUCAUAUUCCAACAGCCAAUGCCCAGCCCAUCAAACAACCGAUUCGGAGGAUACCAGUACAUUUGCAGGAUGAGGUUGAAAAAUAA